AGGAGAGGAUGCUGAAGGUACAAUGAAUAGACUGAAAUCAGCACUAGCAGACAGUCCCCUUCUCUUCUGCUCAGUCUACCUUCUACAGUAGCUGUGAGCUGUUUUGUGUGCAUGGACCUUUUUGGUUUUUUUUCUCCCAUUUCCAUGAAUUAUUUAUUUUGAAACACGAUCAUUCUUGCACAUUGUCACAUUGCCUAUUAAAGUGAAAGGAAUGCUGUGAUAGAGUAUAGACAUGGAUCAGGCUGCAUUUGCUCUGCCCCUCCCAACUCUUGCUAGCAGGCGCUGACCCUGGUGCUGACUGGAGGACCUUGUAAGUCGGACUGUCCCAGCGAAGACUGAAAACGACCCAAACCACUUAACGUGUCUCCGCAGACGUACAUCAUCACCGACACAAGUGCAAGUUUGACAUGUUGACCCAGAGAAUUUCCAGUUUUCAAAUUCUCUGAAGUGUUUUGGAAAGCGACAGAUGUGCUGCAAUGGUUACAUAAAUCAUCUGGCUGGACUGGAGUGAAAUAAUAAGUCCUAUUUGUUCACUGACACUUCUGUACAACAAUUAGCUCAGCAUGAGUUAUAUCAUGAAAUUUCACAGACAUUUUCAAAGAACAAUUCUCCUGCUUGCCACUUUUUGCAUGGUAAGCAUUGCCAUUUCUGCAUAUUACCUGUAUACUGGCUAUAAACAAGACAAUGAAAUAUCUGAAGUAUCAAUGGAAAUUGCAUGUGGAGAUAUCGAAUCUUUACCUUAUAACUUUUUGGAACACAGAAGUGGAAAGCCAUCAGUUUCUUUAUCAACUGAGUCUGUUAUCUUGGUUUUUAUAGAGAGUCAGUAUUCCCAACUUGGUCAGGACAUUAUUGGAAUUCUAGAAUCCAGCAGGUUUAAACUCCAUGCAGAAAUAGCUCCUGGAAAAGGAGACCUGCUACCACUAACAGAUAAUCACAUUGGAAAAUAUGCACUUAUUAUAUAUGAAAACUUUAUGAAAUAUAUUAACAUGGACACAUGGAACAAGGAACUUCUGGACAAGUACUGCCUUCAAUAUGGUGUCAGUAUCAUUGGAUUCCUCAAAGGCACGGAGAGCAACAUUCAAUUAUUUCACUUAAAGGGCUUCCCAUUUAUGAUCCACAGCAACAUGGCUGUCAAGAAUUUUUGUAUUAAUCCUACCACACCCUUACUUCAUAUAACAAAAUCUUCAAAAACACUUAGAGGGCCUAUGCUUGAAAAUGAUUGGACAGUGUUUGAGGUUAACCACUCAUUUUUUCAACCCAUAGUUUUUACAAAAAUUAAAAUGCCUGUUGGUGACCCACCUCAGUUGUCUAAAAUGUCCUUAUUUGCCACAGUCAUUCAUGAUUUGGGGCUUCAUGAUGGCAUUCAAAGGAUGUUCUUUGGCAAUAAUUUGAACUUUUGGCUACACAAACUCAUUUUUGUAGAUGCUAUAUCUUUUCUUUCUGAAAAGAAGUUUACCUUGUCAUUGGAUAGAUACAUUCUUGUGGACAUUGAUGACAUUUUUGUGGGUAAAGAAGGAACCAGAAUGAAAAUUAAUGAUGUCAAGGCUCUUCUUGACACACAGAAAUUACUAAGAUCUAUGGUUACAAAUUUUACUUUUAAUCUGGGAUUUUCUGGGAAGUUCUACCACACAGGUACUGAAAAGGAGGAUAUGGGAGAUGACCUCUUGCUAGGAUCGGUGGAUGAGUUUUGGUGGUUCCCCCACAUGUGGAGUCAUAUGCAGCCUCAUCUUUUCCAUAAUGAGUCCUCCUUGGUGGAACAAAUGAUUCUAAACAAGAAAUUUGCUCUGGAGCAUGGUAUUCCAACUGACAUGGGAUAUGCAGUGGCACCCCAUCACUCUGGUGUCUACCCAGUACACAUACAACUUUAUGAUGCCUGGAAAAAGAUAUGGAGUAUCAAAGUCACCAGCACAGAGGAGUAUCCGCACCUGAAGCCUGCACGUUACAGACAGGGAUUCAUACAUAGAAACAUCAUGGUUCUUCCUCGGCAAACAUGUGGUUUAUUCACUCAUACAAUAUUCUAUAAGGAGUAUCCUGGAGGUCCAAUUGAACUUGAUAAAAACAUUCAAGGAGGGGAGCUUUUCUUUACGCUCGUCCUCAACCCGAUCAGCAUCUUCAUGACCCACUUGUCUAACUAUGGGAAUGACAGACUUGGCUUGUACACGUUUGUGAACUUGGCCAAAUUUGUGCAGACCUGGACCAAUUUAAAGUUGCAAACACUUCCACCAGUUCAGCUAGCACAUAAGUACUUUCAGCUUUUCCCCGAGCAGAGGAAUCCUGUCUGGCAGAAUCCAUGUGAUGACAAGCGCCACCGUGAUAUAUGGUCGAAAGAAAAAACCUGUGAUCGAUUGCCCAAAUUUCUUGUUGUGGGGCCACAAAAAACCGGCACUACGGCAUUAUACCUUUUCCUGGUCAUGCAUCCUGCCAUCUUUAGCAAUUCUCCAAAUCCAAAAACAUUUGAAGAGAUGCAGUUUUUCAAUGGAAAUAACUACCAUAAAGGUGUGGAUUGGUACAUGGAUUUCUUCCCAACCCCAUCAAAUGCCACCACUGAUUUGGUGUUUGAAAAAAGUGCUAACUACUUCCACUCUGAAGAAGCUCCAAAAAGAGCAGCAGCUUUAAUCCCAAAGGCAAAAAUUAUCAUCAUUUUGAUUGACCCUUCAGAUCGAGCCUAUUCAUGGUAUCAGCAUCAACGUGCACACCAGGAUCCUGUUGCCCUGAAAUUCAGCUUCUAUGAGGUCAUUAGAGCUGACAGCUUGUCAUCUUUAGAAUUACGGUCACUCCAGAAGAAGUGCCUAAUGCCAGGGUGGUAUUCUGCACAUAUAGAGAGAUGGCUUGACCAUUUUCCACCUGCUCAGUUGCUUAUUGUGGAUGGACAGCAAUUACGAACAGACCCAGCUAAUGUGAUGGAUGAAGUUCAGAAGUUCCUAGGUGUUUCUCCUCAUUACAACUAUUCAGAAGCACUAACGUUUGAUUCACAUAAAGGUUUUUGGUGUCAGCUAUUGGAGGAGGGGAAAACAAAGUGUCUGGGAAAAAGCAAGGGCAGGAAAUAUAAAUGUACAUUUGUAGAAAAUAUAUAUUCAUGCAGAGCCUUCCUGUCAAGUUAUUAUCGGGAUCACAAUGUGGAAUUGUCCAAACUUUUACACAGACUUGGUCAACCUCUGCCUUCGUGGCUUAGACAAGAGCUGCAGAAAAUCAGAUAGCAGAGAAUAUAAAGAUUAUAUUUA